CGCAAGAAAAUCCGUAGAAGAACUUGGCUUGAAGCGUCACAUCAGUUAGCGGGAAGGAGCGGGUUGUUGUUGUGUCGCUGCUGGUCAGUGAGAAAUCGUGGAACCUGCGGGAAAGCUUUCUUUAUUUAAGCUAGCAGACAGGCUAGCGAAAUAAAAAGCAACUGAUCAUGCCGCGGGAAAUUAUAACGCUUCAGCUCGGACAAUGUGGCAAUCAAAUCGGGUUCGAGUUCUGGAAGCAGCUGUGUGCCGAGCAUGGGAUCAGUCCGGAGGGAAUCGUGGAGGAGUUUGCGACUGAAGGAACAGACAGAAAGGAUGUCUUCUUCUAUCAGGCUGAUGAUGAGCACUACAUCCCUCGUGCUGUUCUUUUGGAUCUGGAGCCUCGGGUGAUCCACUCCAUUCUCAACUCUCCUUAUGCAAACCUGUACAACCCCGAGAACAUCUACCUCUCUGAGCACGGCGGAGGUGCUGGCAACAACUGGGCCAGUGGAUAUUCCCAGGGCAAGAAAAUUCAAGAAGACAUCUUUGAUAUAAUUGAUCGGGAGGCAGAUGGCAGCGACAGUCUGGAGGGGUUCGUGCUGUGCCAUUCCAUUGCUGGCGGCACCGGCUCCGGCCUGGGGUCGUACCUGCUAGAAAAGCUCAACGACAGGUACCCGAAGAAGCUGGUCCAGACGUACUCGGUCUUCCCCAACCAGGAUGAGAUGAGCGACGUGGUCGUUCAGCCGUACAACUCGCUGCUGACGCUGAAGAGGCUCACCCAGAACGCCGACUGCGUGGUGGUGCUGGAUAACACGGCGCUGAAUCGGAUCGCCACCGACAGGCUGCACAUCCAGAACCCCUCGUUCUCCCAGAUUAAUCAGCUGGUUUCCACCAUCAUGUCUGCAAGCACAACGACCCUGCGCUACCCAGGAUACAUGAACAACGACCUGAUCGGUCUGAUCGCCUCGCUCAUCCCCACGCCUCGGCUCCACUUCCUCAUGACCGGCUACACGCCGCUCACCACCGACCAGUCGGUCGCGAGCGUGAGGAAAACGACGGUGUUGGAUGUGAUGCGGAGGCUCCUGCAGCCCAAGAACGUGAUGGUGUCCACGGGCAGAGAGCGGCAGCCGAGUCACUGCUACAUCGCCAUCCUGAACAUCAUCCAGGGAGAGGUGGACCCCACGCAGGUCCACAAAAGUCUUCAAAGGAUCCGAGAGAGAAAACUUGCCAACUUUAUCCCCUGGGGUCCAGCCAGCAUCCAGGUGGCCUUAUCCAGGAAGUCUCCGUACCUGCCCUCAGCUCACAGAGUCAGCGGACUCAUGAUGGCCAACCACACAAGCAUCUCAUCCUUGUUCGAGCGGACGUGCCGGCAGUACGACAAGCUGCGUAAGCGCGAGGCCUUCCUGGAGCAGUUCCGCAAAGAGGACAUUUUCAAGGACAACUUCGACGAGCUGGACAACUCUCGCGAGGUGGUGCAGCAGCUGGUGGACGAGUACAGCGCCGCCACCCGGCCCGACUACAUUUCAUGGGGCACACAGGAGCAGUGAGCUGUGUAGUGAACUCAAUCCUUAUUAGCUCCCCUCAGUGUUUUCCUCACAUCGCUGCCAUUCUCAGAGCUAUUUAUCGGCCUCUUAUAGCAUGAAAAACAAACGUUUAAACCAACCAAAGUGGGCUUUGGAACCGUGUUAUUUCAAGGAAGUGCAUUUAUAAGAAAUAACUGAAAAACAUUAUCUAUUAAAGCAUCUAUAAAUAUAUGAACACUUUCUUCCCUCGUUGCCUCAUUCGUUUUUUUGUCUCGUUACAUAAACUGCUGCCUUGUUCUGCUUAUAGUUGGCCGUAGAUCAACAGGAAUGUCAAACUCAAGUUCACGUUUCUCUGCUUUAAAGUUUCUUACAGUUUGCGCAGGAGAAGAAAAACAAACACCUGUAAAUAUAGCUGUUCAACAUUUUCCUGUCGCUUUAAUGUUGGACCUGUUUGAGAUGAAUAAAGUUGUUUUUGUAUUAAAAA